AUGUCUCAACAGAAAUAUGCAUUGAUUACUGGUGCUUCGUCGGGUAUUGGAUAUGCUUUGGCCAAAGAAUUUUCUUUACGUGGAUACAAAGUUAUUGGAUGUUCCCCUAAACUGGUUUUGCAUUUGCAAAAGCCAUUAGAGGACGAGUAUGGUUUGAUUUCCAUUGCUUGUGACAUCACUAAUUUGGAAGAUAUUAAAAGAGUCAAAGAGCUUGUUGUGAAAGAAACAGGUGGGUAUUUAGACGUAUUGUACAAUAAUGCCGGUAUCGCUAUUGGUCAACCUGCUAUUGAGAUCCCUGAAGAUAAGUUGAAUUGGAUAUUCCAAGUUAAUGUCAUUGGACAUAUCAACAUGACAAAGCAUUUUGCGCCUUUGGUUAUCAAGUCUAAAGGGUCCAUUAUUUUCACAAGUUCAGUUGCUGCAAGGGUUCCUUUGUCGUGGAUUUCUGCUUACAGCGCAACCAAAGCAGCAAUUGAUGCGUAUGCCAAGACAUUGCAUGGUGAAAUGGAGCCAUUUGGAGUUAAAGUUCAUAGUGUGAUUACCGGAGGUGUACAAACACAAAUUGGAGGCGAAGACAAUAAUAUCGAAGAAAUGAAAAAUCAAUUUGCCGAUUCGCCAUACAAUGUGGAUGGAAUAGUAGAAAGUGGUAUUGCUUCUCAAAAAAUGGCAGCGGAUUUGGGUAUCCCUCCACAGAAGUAUGCGAAAAAUAUGGUUGGCCAAAUAACUAAAAAGUCCAGCAAGUUUAACCUUUACGGAGGAUCGAAUUCCUAUCUUUUGCAUAUUCUUGGUCUCUUUUAUCCAUUCUGGUUGGUUGAAUGCAUUAUGCAAUUUACUUUCAAACAAUUAAAGCCCUUUGCUCUUAUUAGAAAGAAAUAUGCUGGUAAAAAGAAUAGAUAA